UUCAUGCAGUUUCCUAGUACUAGUCGAGUUACUAGGAGACUUUGAAGUGUGUAAUAUGAUACACACGCAAAUUUAAAUAUGAAUGUACGCAUACAAAAUACAUUAGACUGUUUCUCUGCAAGCGUCCAGGUGAAAUGUGUAAGUUUGUGUAAGUAGGAAGUGAGGUGGAGAAUAACAAGAGCAAACUUGUUUGUGUGUGGUGAUGGCGUUUCGCAAACCGUUCAUCUCCCACAAGGCUUAUUAUUAACGGCAACAACUCCGGUUUAAUUCCGGGUUGCACGGUUUCGGUGUUUGUCUUAAGCCAACAAGAUCAGUGUUUCAGUAUAACCUGCGUAAAGACCUUGUGUUGGUCAUGAGCGUGGCGCGCGGAGCGAUCAGGAGGACCGGGAGGGCUCUCACUCAGCUCAGUGUGGAGCUGAUGGCAGCCCGCGGUGUGUUUGCGAGGCCGAUCAAGCGUCUUUUCCCCCGGGUUUCUUUUACCCAGACCCGCUCGUGGUGCUCUGAUGGGCCCUUUGCUGAUCGGGCUGAAGUACGGCUGAGUCGGCUGGAUGAUGAAGACAACGGUAUAGUGGAAGUGCUGAUGUGUCGUGAAAGGGCGAGGAACUCUCUGGGACACGUGUUUGUAGGUCAGAUGAGAGAGCUGGUGUCAUCUUUGUAUCGUGACGCAGCGGUUCGUGUGGUGAUCUUCAAGAGUUUGAUACCUGGAGUCUUUUGUGCAGGCGCAGAUCUUAAGGAGAGAGCUCAGAUGAGUAACCCUGAGGCAGAGCUGUUUGUACAUGGCCUACGAUCACUAAUGAAUGACAUCGCUGCGCUGCCCAUGCCAACCAUCGCAGCAGUGGACGGCUUUGCUCUCGGGGGCGGUUUGGAAUUGGCACUGGCGUGUGACCUUCGCACUGCAGCACAUUCAGCUCAGAUGGGCCUGAUUGAAACUACGCGAGGAUUACUCCCAGGGGCUGGAGGCAGUCAAAGGUUGCCCCGGACAGUCGGCUUUGCCAUCGCAAAGGAGCUGAUUUUUACAGGCCGGCGUGUCGGGGGUGAACAGGCUGCAGAGUUGGGGCUGGUAAACCGCUCCGUGCCACAGAACCAGACAGGAGACGCAGCCCACAAAGAGGCUCUUAGUCUCGCACGAGAGAUCCUGCCUCAGGCCCCGAUUGCUGUGCGAAUGGCUAAAGUAGCCAUGAAUCGAGGCGCUGAGGUGGACAUCUCUUCAGGAAUGGCUAUUGAGGGAAUGUGUUACGCCAGGCUCAUUCCUACACGGGACAGACAAGAGGGCAUGGCUGCGUUUAUAGAGAAGAGGCCUCCAAGGUACAUUGGAGAGUGAAUGUCUGAAGCUUUUAAACCUGCAUAACAUGUUUCAAAUCCACAUGUACUAUAGUACAAACAUGUUGAACAUGCUGUACUUGUUACGCAUUACUACACUGUAAUUAGUGUUGGGUUUCAAUUUCCUUUGAAAUUUGAGCUUUGUAAUGCCUAAAAAUAACUACCACAAAUAAUUUAAGUUUGUCAUGUUCUUCAUUUUUUUAAAUAAAUGUUUUUUCUCUAAAUUAUAUAAAAUACAGAUAAUAAAAUACUUCAAAAAAAAAAAAAAAAAAAAAAAGUGAUAUUCUUACAAAUUUUAAAGAUUUUUUUUUAAUUCUUCAAAUGAAAAAAUACUUUUAAAUGAAUGUAUUAAUAAAGAUUAACAGCAGACUGAA